AUGAAUAAUUCCGAAGAAGAGAAAAAGAAAAAAGCACGUGUAACAGCGGCAAUUAAAAAGGUCCUCACCGAUCGACCAUCCCUCGAAGCCGACCAAAACGACGAAAUUUCUUAUCAGCUUGAUCACGUGGAGGCAGAUGGUUACGGCUUUGCUAAUGUCGACAUUGAAGAACUCUACUAUCCGCCCCACAUAAUUGACUCGAUUCAGAAAAGACAGAAGAAUCCCUAG